ACGUACCCAAUUGAACAACACCUCGCCGACGGGCUUUUGGAAUUGAUGGAGAUAGGUGAACUGCCUGAGACGGGGGAUUUGCGCGCUAAAAUGAUCCCCGCUUGAAGCACUCGGCCCACACUCUGUUUCGGUGGGGGUGCCCUUGCUGCCCUGCCCCUCCGCUGAACUACCGCCAAACCAAGGCAGGGACCCCUUCCUUCAGCCCUUCCAGUCCCCUCCCAUCACGGCCGAGAAAACGGACGGGUCCCCUUGUCACAUCAUCAGAUGGCCAACAACCAUACCAUCUGUAGAGGGCUGGCUGAACACCUCAUAAAGGCAUGAACUUGGAGACCUGCUUGAUGAGGAAGCGGCGCGCUAGAUGAUAGCUCUCUCUCCAUCUACUACGUGGACGUGUGUCUACCUAACCUACGGGACCACCUUGGAGCCUUGUUGGUACUUAGUUUCCAUGCUUGGUUACUUCGUGUGCCUGGAAGGAGCUGAAGCCCUGAACUCUGCCAACCAACAAACGCGGGAAAGUGAUCAGACGGUGACAGGCUGGGAAAGCUGAAGGAGCAAAGGCAAAGGGGGCUUCUGCGUUUUCCAUAUCAGGUACCGUUUAACGAUUUCCUCGCAGUUGUGCUCACCCUUUCCUUCGCAGCAAAGCAACACAAAAAAAAAAAAAAAGCCAGGCCUUGCCCGUUUGGGCCGAUCUUCCGUCUCACUGCCAUGAGUGGUGCUGCUGCUGCUGCUGCUGCUGCUUGCUUUCCUGCACAUGGUACUUUUUUUGCUUCUGCUUGACCUCUACUUUUUAUUAGCAACAAGCCAAUGUCACCGACAUCAACAAUUCCUAUGAAACAAGAGGAAGGGUAAGGAUCCGGUCGUCGUUCCAGGUUGCUUGCUCUCUCUUUUGAACCAACAGCCCGCCUCAACUUCUUCCUGACGGACAACACGCGCUCCGCAUUAUUUACCUUUCUCUCUCGCCAUAUAUACCUUUAUAUCCCACAAAACCUAAAGGAGACAAUGACCAUCGCGGCUGGGGCAGUCUCGCCCGCUGGGUCAGUCAAUGCUUAUCGCCCUCCCGGCCGAAACAACAGCUUCUUCGAGGACUACGGCAUCUGGAAGGAGGCGCCCAUCUUCACGGGAAGCACCAAGUUUGACCCAUUGCCCGAUGUCAAGAAUAUCAUGAUCACGGGAGGCGCCGGCUUCAUCGCCUGCUGGCUCGUCCGUCACCUCACACUAACCUACCCCCACGCCUACAACGUUGUCUCGUUCGACAAGCUAGACUACUGCUCCUCACUCAACAACACCAGAGUCCUCAACGACAAACGAAACUUUACCUUCCACCAGGGCGACAUCACCAACCCCUCCGAGGUCCUGGGCUGCCUCGAGCGGUACAACAUUGACACCAUUUUCCACUUUGCGGCCCAGUCGCAUGUUGAUCUGAGCUUUGGCAACUCGUACGGGUUCACCCACACGAAUGUGUACGGGACCCACGUCUUGCUCGAGAGCGCAAAGAAGGUGGGCAUCAAGAGGUUUAUCCAUAUUUCCACCGACGAGGUCUACGGCGAGGUUAAGGACGAUGACGACGACUUGCUGGAGACGAGCAUUCUGGCGCCGACGAACCCGUACGCGGCGAGCAAGGCGGCGGCCGAGAUGCUGGUGCAUUCGUAUCAGAAGAGCUUCAAGCUGCCGGUGAUCAUUGUGCGGAGCAACAAUGUUUAUGGACCGCAUCAGUAUCCCGAGAAAAUCAUACCCAAAUUCGCCUGCCUUUUGAACCGGGGCAGACCAGUUGUCCUCCACGGCGACGGCUCGCCCACGCGGCGUUACCUCUUUGCGGGCGACGCGGCGGACGCGUUUGACACGAUUCUCCACAAGGGCCAGCUGGGCCAGAUUUACAAUGUGGGAUCGUACGAUGAGAUCAGCAACUUGUCGCUCUGCGGCAAGCUGCUGGACGAGAUGGGCAUUUCUCACGGGACGCCCGACGAGUUUGGUCGGUGGGUCAAGUACACCCACGAUCGGCCGUUCAACGACCACAGGUAUGCGGUUGAUGGGACGAAGCUGAGGCAGCUGGGGUGGGAUCAGAAGACGAGCUUUGCGGAGGGGCUGAGGAUCACGGUGGAGUGGUACAGGAGGUUUGGGGAGGAGUGGUGGGGGGAUAUCAGCAAGGUGUUGAGCCCGUUUCCGGUGGUGACGGGGAUGGAGGUAGUGAGCGAUCAUGAGCCUGUCAGCGAUCACCCUCAAGGGGCGGAGGGGGGUUUUAGUAGCAAGAGGAAGACGAGGAGCGAGAAUGGGGUUGGUGGGGGGGGACAGCAUGUGGUGGCGACGUAGGUGUCACUUUGCGCGGG